AGAGUGAAAGGAGCGCGCGUCAAAGUUAAUACCGUAGUGGCCGUGUUUAAACGCGCCCGUGUUUAGGCGGCGUUCACCGGGGAUCCACAGGUGACACGCGCUCCGCCGCUAUGAGACACGCGCGCGCUCCGUGACGCGCUGAUUGUGACAGUUUGCAGCACGUCGGCAGUGGUGAUCGUUGAGUUGUAAUCAUGGCUAAAACCUGCUACACACUACAGCGCUUUCUAAGACAGGCCCAAUUGCUGCUUCUUUUUCUGGGUGUGGCUUACAUCAUGGCCGGAAGUUUGCUGCUGCUCCAGCGUUCCAACGUGGCCUUGUUUCAAAAAGGAACUUAUCCGCCCUCAUCAAUACCCUCCGUACCAUUGCCCCCUAGAUCUCUGGAGGCACCAAGUGUUAGCUGGCACCACAGGAGACCCGGAUCCACGUUAAUUCAGGAUGUGGAGAAUAAUCCAGAUUUGUCAGGGAGUAGAGCAGAUCAAGAAAGCUUUGUGUCUCGGAACCUAAAGAUCAGGCACCUGAGACGACACUGGAUUCAGCGCCAGAGAACAGACCAAGAGAAUUUGGCAGAACACAAUCCAUUAAACAGGAACACCAGACAUAAAGGAACCUACAUUGGGUGCUUUAUGAAUGACGACAAACAACAUGCGCUUGGAGGAACUGUGCUUUAUGACUUCAGAAAAAUGACCAGCUCUUUGUGCCAAGACACCUGCUCUGAGAGUGGCUACCGUUUUGCUGGGCUGGAAUAUGGCACAGAGUGUCACUGUGGUAACCGGAUCAGCGCCCCUCAGGCACGGAGUGAGGACUGCAACCUGAACUGCAGGACUGAAAGGAACGCACUGUGUGGAGGCGUGGCCAGACUGUCAAUCUACAAAAUAGAUCAGGGGCUUCCUGGCCAAAAGAGAUACAGAAAUGUCUAUUAUCACGGCUGCUUUCACACACCAAAGAACAUCAGUGAUGGUUUGCUGCUCUAUGCCGGCCAGCAGGACAUGACCUCACAGCUGUGUGUGGAGACAUGCACUGAUCAGGAGCUGCCCUUGGCUGUACUGAGGGGGCAGGACUGUCUAUGUGGACACACCUCCACAUUUCUCCUAAUGCAGCAGAAUGUAGACGGCCAGCCGUGUGGACAGAGCAAAGCUACAAGCCACACCUCAGCUACGGACUACCUACAGGUGUACAGCACACCUGUGCUAGCGUCUCGGUGUAGGGAGAGGAUGUUUCGGCCUGAGAGCUCAUCCUCCCUCACUGCAUUAUCCAGUUUUCCUGGAGCAGGUAACACUUGGCUGCGACACCUCAUCGAGCUUGCUACAGGUUACUACACGGGCAGCUACUACUUUGAUGGCUCAUUAUACAACAAAGGCUUUAAAGGAGAGAAGGAUUAUUGGCGAAGUGGGAGAACUAUCUGCGUAAAGACGCACGAGAGCGGGCAGAAAGAGAUCAAGAAGUUUGACGCGGCCAUCCUGUUAAUUCGGAACCCGUACCACUGCCUGGUGGCAGAGUUUAAUCGCAAAAAUGCUGGGCACCUGGGCUACGCAGCAGACACACACUGGAAAAGUAACGAGUGGCCCGAGUUUGUGGAGACGUACUCCGCAUGGUGGAUCUCUCACGCUCUGGCCUGGCUACAGUUCUCCAGGCGUUUGCUGGUGGUGCACUACGAGCAUCUCCUUAUGGAUCUCGUCCACCAACUUCGGCUAAUGACGGCCUUCCUAAACGUCACCGUUCCGGACGAACGGCUCUUGUGUGCUGAGAGAAACCGAGAUGGCCACUUCAAGCGCACAGGAUCUCGAUGUCUGACCUUCGACCCCUUCACUAAGGACAUGAGGACUCGUAUAAAUGGCUAUAUGUUGGAGGUGGACCGUGCUCUCAGAGACAGAAAUCUGAGUGGCCUCCCACAGGAAUACAUGCCUAGAUGAUGAAACGCUAAUACGUGCACAAGAACGGUGGAUUUCUCUCUGCAGGACAGGAACAGUGGAAUACAUAGAAAAACAAAAGUGCCUGGGAACUCAAAUCUGACCAACAUAUACUGUGGCCUUCUGGUGGUUUAUGCUA